AUGAUCAGAGCCGUUAGAUUGAACCCUGGCAUCGCCUCUGUGGCCAGAAAACAGCUUUCCGCAGUGGGUCAAGUCAGUCGUGGGAUGGCCACUGCUGCACAAGACUCCACUGCCGACGAAACCGUGGAGAUUAACCUUCCAGAGUCAUCGUUUGAAGGCUACAUGCUCGAGCCACCCUCUCUCUCCUACACUACAACCAAGGCUGGUCUUUUGCAAAUGUACAAGGACAUGGUGGUGGUAAGACGUAUGGAAAUGGCGUGUGACGCGCUUUACAAGGCCAAGAAAAUUCGUGGUUUCUGUCACUUGACCGUGGGUCAAGAGGCCAUCGCGGUGGGAAUUGAAAACGCCAUCACCAAGAAGGACACCGUGAUUACAUCGUACCGUUGCCACAGUUUCACUUACAUGCGUGGUGCCUCUGUCCAGGCGGUGCUAGCGGAGCUAAUGGGCCGUCGUUCAGGUGUGUCCUAUGGUAAGGGUGGUUCCAUGCACUUGUACGCGCCCGGUUUCUACGGUGGUAAUGGUAUUGUGGGUGCCCAAGUUCCAUUGGGAGCGGGUCUGUCCUUUGCUCACCAAUACAAAAACGAAGAUGCCUGCACUUUCGACUUGUACGGUGACGGUGCCUCCAACCAGGGUCAGGUCUUUGAAGCCUUCAACAUGGCGAAGCUAUACAACUUGCCAUGCGUGUUUGCGUGCGAAAACAACAAGUACGGUAUGGGGACUGCUGCCUCCAGAUCCUCCGCCAUGACCGAAUACUUCAAGCGUGGUCAAUACAUCCCAGGUCUCAAAGUCAACGGUAUGGAUAUUUUGGCCGUUUACCAAGCUUCCAAAUUCGCCAAGGACUGGUGUGUCUCCGGUAAGGGACCUCUAGUGCUCGAGUACGAAACCUACAGAUACGGUGGCCACUCCAUGUCUGACCCAGGUACUACUUACAGAACCAGAGACGAGAUCCAGCACAUGAGAUCCAAGAACGACCCAAUCGCCGGCUUGAAGAUGUACCUGAUGGACUUGAACAUUGCCACCGAGGAGGAAAUCAAGGCCUACGACAAGGCUGCGAGAAAAUACGUGGACGAACAGGUGGAACUUGCCGAUGCGUCCCCUGCUCCAGAGGCAAAGAUGUCUAUUUUGUUCGAAGACGUCUACAUUCCAGGCUCCGAGACCCCAACACUCAGAGGCAGAGUCCCUGAGGACACCUGGGAUUUCAAGAAGAAUGGCUUUGCUUUCAGAGAUUAA